CAAUAUUAGAUUCGCAUUAUCAGUGUCUUUAAUUGUUUUUUUUUUAAAUAAAAUAAAUUUUCGAGGUAUCUUCAUCGAAAGUAUCGUGUUAUAUUCACGACUGUUCAAAUGUGCUGUAUAAAAAUAAUAUACAGGUGAAAUUUUAUCGUUUCCUCGAAAGUUCACCGAACACCACGUGGAUAACCUUCAAACCUCAAAAAUACCCUAACAGCCACACUCUAAAUACAAUUGCUCAGCAAGUUCUACAGUGAAACAUUUUCCCCUAACUUAAUGACAAGUUUCUGGUAAGCCUUGGCUGGAUAACACUUGCAUGUAAGUUGAUGCAAAUCAACUGCCGCCAUCUGAAUGUAAUUUGACAGAAAAACUUGCCGUCAAUUUGAAGUGGAACUUUCAAUCAACUUCACGUCAUUGUCUGACAGUAGCACUUGUGGUCAAGUUGAAUUCAAGUUACAGAAAAUUUACUGUCAACUUAAAGGUCGUUCCAUUAUGAGUUUAAAAUUGGUUAAAAAAUUUAGUCAUUUCUCGCAUAAAGUCACUCCCCGAGUAUGUAUUGUUGGUUCGGGUCCAGCCGGUUUCUAUGCUUGUCAACAAUUGCUUAAGUUAUCUGCAGAUGUGCAUAUUGAUAUAUUGGAACGUUUACCGGUGCCAUAUGGAUUAGUCCGUUUUGGCGUCGCUCCUGACCACCCUGAAGUAAAAAAUGUUAUCAAUACAUUUCAUAAAAUUGCGAAAAAUCCUCGAGUAAGUUUUAUGGGUAAUAUCAAUGUAGGUGAAGUAAUAACAGUGGAGGAACUGAAAAAUAAUUAUCACGCUGUUUUAUUGGCUUACGGUUCUGAUCAAGACAAAGUACUUGGUAUUCCUGGUGAAACAUUAAAUAAUGUUAUUUCUGGACGUCGGCUUGUUGGAUGGUAUAACGGAGUACCUUCUGAUAAAGAUUUAAAAGUUAAUUUCGACACUGAAGAGGCUUUAAUAGUUGGGCAAGGAAAUGUUGCAGUAGACAUCGCUAGAAUUUUAUUAACGCCAAUCGAUGAAUUAAAAAAAACAGAUAUAACAUCGUACGCUUUAGAACAAUUAUCUCAGAGUAGAAUUCGAAAAGUAUGGCUAGUUGGUCGAAGAGGACCCUUGCAAGCUGCUUUUACAACUGCUGAACUACGUGAAAUUUUAAAAGUGCAGAAUUGUACAACCAUGUGGCGAUCUGAGGAUUUUCAAGCUAUUGAGGAAUACCUCCCUAAUUUGCCACGUCCGAAAAAGCGAUUGAUAGAGCUAAUGCUUAAUAAUUUAUCUCACACAACAUUUGCUGAGAAGAAUUCUACUAAAAUGAAAAUACUCGCACCAGUUUUUUUCAGAAGCCCAAAAGAAAUAAUUGGCACAAACUUCGUUCAAAGAGUUAUACUUACUAAAAACAAUGUCACUGGUAAUAACUUUCUUACUGCGAGAGCAGAACCUACAUGUUUUGAAGAAGAAAUAUCAUGUGGUUUAGUUAUUAAAAGUAUUGGAUAUAAAUCUGUACAAAUCGAUAAAGAUAUUCCAUUUGACCAAUGUGUCGGUCGAAUAAUUAAUUCUUAUGGUAAAGUCAAAGAUAAUCUUUACGCUGCGGGGUGGGCUGCUACCGGGCCUACAGGAGUUAUUCUUUCAACAAUGACAAAUGCGUUCCAAAUUGGAAAUUUGAUAAAUCAAGAGCUCAAUUCGAGUCACCCCAAAGAAGGUACUAAGAGACUUAUAAAAAUUUUUAAAGAAAAAAAUGUACCUAUUGUUAGGUUUGAAGAUUGGGAGAAAAUUGAUAAAGUUGAAUGUGAACGAGGAAAAAUCUUAGGAAAACCAAGGGAAAAGAUAGUUGAUAUCGCAGAAAUGUUAAAAGUAGCACUAAGUUGAAAAUGAAACAAAAAAAAUAAACACACAUCUUUCUGCACAUUCUAAAAAAAAUACAAUUGCUAAUUUUCACAGUCACUGAACUUUUCGGUCUUAAUAAAUUAAAAUUUAAACAGUUCUUUAUAAUAUGUUUUCGGCACAGUAAUAAAAGAAAAUAUAGUCAUUACUGAAAUUGAAUAGUUUUCAUGAGUUUACUUGUUACUAUUGAGAUUUUUUAAUUUUUAAUGAGGAAAAAACAACGGGACCGUGGAUUAAACAAUGACUAAAAAUCAAUUUGAUCGUGAACCAUGUUCCAUCUACUUACAACUCCGAAAAUUUAUGAAUUCUGAUGUAUAUGGUUUUAAAUAAAUAGAUCUAAUAGUAUACGUAAGUCUUGGUAAUAAUAAUAUCCUUUAAUAGGGUAGUUGUCCGUAAUGUAAAAUAUAAUUAAAACUAUUCUUAUUACAAAAAAAUUUUCAAAUCGUUACGUUUAAAAAAAGUAAUAAAUAAAAGUGAUAAUCCUA